AAAUAUUCAAAUUUCAUAUUCUAUAACUAAUUUCCUUUUUUGUCAAAACCUUAAUUUGCAAUUCAAUCGGUCACUAGUGUCUGCAUCGAUAACUAAUUAAUGGCAUCCUCCUCUUUCUUCUUCUUCUUCUUCCUUCCCUUUACUCUCUUUGCCACCGCUAUUGCUGCUUCCUCUUCCAAUCCCAACGGCUACAUGCACCUGCGCUUCUACAACCACGAGAGGAUCCUCGGCUCCGGACCCAACGCCACCGUCGUCUACUCAGUCCACCGCACCACCUCCUCCUCCGUCUCCGGAUUCGGCAACGUCUACGUCUACGACAACCUUCUCCGAGCCGGGGUCGAGCCCGACUCACCUAUUAUCGGUCGGAAUCAGGGCAUGGGAAUCGGGUCGAGCAUGGCCGAGAACUCCGGCCUCACCAACUUCCAGCUGGUUUUCACCGCCGGCGAGUACAACGGCAGCUCUCUCGCCCUACAGGGGUUGUUCCCGGUGGCCCCGCUGGGGACCGUGUUCGAACGGGCCAUCACCGGCGGCACCGGAAAAUUCCGGUUGGCCAGAGGCUACCUCCUGACCUCUGAAGUUCAUGCGACGAACACAACCCUCACCGGACAACUCGACGCUUACAUCACCUUCCGUUGACAUCAGUGGAAGCCAUUGCAUGCUUAAAUAUUAAAAUUUAUACAUAUGUAUGUCAUUAUUUUAAGUACUUAUUUAUAUAUAUUAAAAUAAAUUCAUCUUCUCAAGUCACUUUAAAUUGUACCGGCAGAAAAAAAUAAUGAUAUGAUUAAUUUGU